AUGGUUCGUGAACAAAACACAAAUCUUGAGCAUUUGUAUGUUGAUACAUUUACCUUAAUUCAUCUAGGUCAUGGGGAGGCUUCAGAUGUAGUUCUUGUUGACGAUGAUUUGAAUGUACCAACUAUGGGAGAAAAACAAGAAAGUUUAGAAUUAUUAGACAAUGAAAGACCGGAGAGCCAUGAUAAAGAGGAAUCUUCUCUAGAUCCAAAGCCUCCAAGUGCAGACUCAGUUUAUAUUUUACUCAAGCAAGCACUACAUGCCGAUGACUAUGCCCUUUUAUUAGAUUAUACAACCAAAAUGAGAAGGGGUGCAAUUUUGGCAUCUGCGCUUCCAUGGCUUCGAAGUUUACUUCUUCAACACCCAAGUGGUAUAGUGUCCCAAGAAUCUUCUUUGAGUGCCUUGAACUCCAUAUAUCAAGUAAUUGACCAUGUUGAUGAGAAUGUGACAAUAAGUCUCCUUAUUGAUGAGUCCUAUACAAGCGACGAAGAGGAAGAGGAACCUGAUGGCGCCCUUGAUGGUGUUAGUGAUUUUGAUGGAAUUGAGGACACGAGUGAGUGA